ACCUCUUGCAAGGUUGUUGAUUUAAUGCGUAAUAUUCAAAUAAAAGCCUAAGAUUACCUCCGGCAUUCACACUUACAUCAUUCUACACGACAGACAGACGCAGAGAACGAGUGGCAAACGUGAAAGAUUUGAAUAUGGCUUCUAAAGCUCAAGUAUUACUAUUGCUUGUGGCUAUAAUGAUUGCAAGCUAUGGUCUUACCAAUGGAUCAACCAACCUCAACAACACAGACGCAAUCAACAGCAACAUCAGCAACAACACCAACGGCAACAACAAUAUCUCAACCAACGGCAACAACAAUAUCUCAACCAACGGCAACAACACCAUCUCAAACAACGGCAACAACACCAUCUCAACCAAUGGCAACAAUACCAUCACAAACAACGGCAACAACACCAUCUCAAACAAUGGCAACAACACCAUCUCAACCAAUGGCAACAACACCAUCUCAAACAAUGGCAACAACACCAUCUCAACCAAUGGCAACAACACCAUCUCAACCAAUGGCAACAAUACCAUCACAAACAACGGCAACAACACCAUCUCAAACAAUGGCAACAACACCAUUUCAACCAAUGGCAACAACACCAUCUCAACCAAUGGCAACAACACCAUCUCAAACAACGGCAACAACACCAUCUCAACCAACGGCAACAACACCAUCUCAACCAAUGGCAACAACACCAUCUCAAACAACGGCAACAACACCAUCUCAAACAACGGCAACAACACCAUCUCAACCAAUGGCAACAACACCAUCUCAACCAACGGCAACAACACCAUCUCAACCAACGGCAACAACACCAUCUCAAACAACGGCAACAACACCAUCUCAACGAAUGGCAACAACACCAUCUCAAACAACGGCAACAACACUAGCACAACCAAAAGCACACCCACGAGCACCAUUUCUAUUGCAGUAUUUCUUUCACCUGUGGAGUUCAAGUGGCUGCCUGGACUUCUAUUCUACAUGAUCACUUCUACUGCAGUUCUUAAACUCUUCCAGCCGAUCUGACCAUCCACUCUUUCAGUUUGUCAUCCAACUAAAAGAUUCACCUUUGUCAGAUAUUAGCCUUUUUACUGGUUGUUUUUCUUAUACUUACUGUUCUGACAACUAUUGACAUGCUCUUUCUCUCUCUCUCUCUCUCUCUAUAUAUAUAUAUAUAUAUGUAUGUUUGUAUGACAUUUCUUUGCUGACAUUUCUACCUGACCUGAAAAACACGCUAAGGGUGGAUGUUUAAAUAGAAUUAGUCGGCAUACUACAGCUUCAGGAGAUAGACAACUAUUUAAUUAUGUUCUCACGCUUUCAAGCAAAAACGCUUUUCAUCAGACAAAGCUUGUCUGACGAAGAGCAUUUAAGCUCUUUUUUAUGAUAGCAAUAUACAUCACAAUAGGGAAAUAUGGAUAUUUAUGGUUACAUAACAUUUUAGAUCCCUUUGAACUAAUCAAAUGUAAGUUUAAAAACUGUAAAGUCCUCACUGUGUAAAUUCAACAUACAUUAAUUCUUAUUAAAACUACAAAAGAGACGAUGCAGCA